AUGUUGAUUGUUUCCAUCAUCUUUUUCGGAUGUAUUUUGAGCCAUUUUUUUUCUGCAUGCUCACAAGUCAAGUUAGUAGAAGCCGGCCUUACAUACUACAACCACACGAGCACCGCAUCUCUACGACGAGGAGCUAGGGACAGAAGUAUGCAUAAAAAAGGGCGUGCUGGGCGAAUCUCAACAUUCUUAAAAAGGUUGCAGAUGGUGAUGGGAAGAUCACGAUUACAAAUAUGUUGGGCGAUGACAGGGACGUCGACCAUGAGCAUGUUACGAGUGCUUCUUGAAGACGUCGACCGCUACGUGAUCAUCUUCUGUUUGGAACAAUAAAGAUUUUCAGCACGACAAUAAU